AUGUCAUCGUAUAUCGGAUAUAAUCCAACAGAUGAAACAAUUAUAGAAUUUUACAAACCGAAUUUACCUGAUUGUACAUUUGGCGCAGUUACAUCAUGUCGUGAUAUACCCACUAUACAUUCGACUUUAUCAAAUAUCUGUCUUGACCAAAUUCUGAAGAAAAAUAAAUUAUUGUCGUGCAUGUAUCAAAAUGUACCAGAUGCACCACAUUUUAUCCUUCAACUACAUGGUUCUUAUUGGGUAGUUUCAUUAAACACGUCUGUUGAAUGUUUCAAAAUCCCAAUUAUACCAUCGGACAAUGCAUAUAAAAAUGUUGUUAUGAAAAAUGAACGAAUAUUAUUGUCAUCGGCGUCACUUCUAAAAGUACGCAACAAUACAAUGAUCGGUUGCGAUGGUUUCAAUAUUAUGGGUAAGCAGAAAGUAAUCACCUAUAGUUUAAUUAUCUAG